ACGUUCCACUGCCCCGUGCUUGGUGGGCGAGCGACCUACGGGGCGACCGUAAGUUUUACCAACAGACUGCAAUAUUUCCACUGCCAAAAUGACAUCCAUUUCCACCUCUGCCCAGUGUUCAACAUCUGAUAGUGCUUGCAGGAUCUCUCCAACACAAAUCAAACAGGUACGACCAAAACUGCCACUUUUGAAGAUUUUGCAGGAAGCAGGCGCACAAGGUGACAUGUUCACUGUUAAAGAGGUAAUGCACUAUCUAGGCCAAUAUAUAAUGGUGAAGCAGCUUUAUGAUCAGCAGGAGCAGCAUAUGGUAUAUUGUGGUGGAGAUCUUUUGGGAGAACUGCUAGGACGUCAGAGCUUCUCUGUGAAAGAUCCAAGCCCUCUCUAUGAUAUGUUAAGAAAGAAUCUUGUCACUUUAGCUACUGUUACUACAGGUAUGUUACAUCAUAUUUCUUCAGUCCGUAUCACAGCUUUGAGUUCAGGGGGGCAAAUGAUGGGCAAGCAAGGAGGAUCAAGAUGGAAAUGGAAUGCUGCCUUUGGGAGGGAUAUGUACUACCUAUCAUAA